ACACGUCUGAGAGUUCAGACUCAGGCUCGGCCCCCCCUCAGGAGUCCAGCCGGCAGGAGCCCCCUCAUGCACCCGAGGGACCACAGAACCAGAUGGUGUCCAGCCUGCGUCUGGAGAACCAGCUGCUGCGCAGUGAGGUGGCUUCCCUCAACCAGGAGAUGGCCUCCGUUAUUCAGAGAGCUAAAGAUUUACAGGAUGAACUGAACCAGGCCCGUUUGCGUGCAGACAGAUGGAACUCGGAGCAGUCUCAAACGAACCACACCUUACGAGAACUUCGGUCCCACGUGGAUGACCUCACAGAAGCCCUUUCUGCCAAAGAUGGUCAACUUGCAGUUUUAAAAAUCCGACUUGAUGAAGCUGAUCAGCUUCUGAAAUCCCGCAGUGCUGCGUUAGAAGAGGUCCAGCAGGAAAAAUCAAGAAUUAUGCAGGACCACACAGAAGGGAGCAGCAUGCAGACUCAGGUUCUUGAAAGAAUACAGGAGAGGCUACAAGAGGCAGAACUGUCUGUACGAAGGGAACAAGACAGCUACCGGCAGAUGCAGAAUGAGUUUGCUGGCCGCCUGGCCAAAUUAGAAGCUGAAAGGCAGACCCUCGCAGAGACGUUGACUGCAGCGGAGCGACGAGUGUUGGAUGAGAAGCUCAGAGCCGAUGACUUUCAGCAGCAGCUGAAAAGUGCUAAAGCUGCUGCUGACUCUGCCAAGCAGGAGUUACAAGACUACAAGCACAAAGCUUCACGCAUCUUACAAUCCAAAGAGAAGCUGAUCAGCAGUUUGAAGGAAGGAUCAGGUCUGGACACUGGAGAUGGCAGCGUGACCAUGGCUCUGGAGGUGGAGGAACUUCGUCAUGAAAAGGAGCUUCAGAGGGAGGAGAAUCAAAAACUACAGGAACAAGUCUGCACACUUCGAGCAGAAAUACAGGAUUUAGAAAGUCAGGCCCUCGCAGAGGCUGAGACAUGGCGGGAGCAGCAGGUACAGUUGCAGGAGCAACAGGCCUUACAGAACCGUGCCAAGCAGGAGUUAGAGGCUGAAGUGGAACGCUACAAACAUGAGUUGCAGUACCUUGAAGAUGAACAGCAUCGAGCCAAAACCACUCUACAGAGCCAAAUCAAAUACAGAGAAGAUGAAAUCCAGAAACUCAGGAAUCAGUUGACCAAUAAGACUCUGAGCAGCAGCAGUGAGACGGAGCUGGAGAACCGGCUCCACCAGCUCACAGAGACACUCAUUCAGAAACAGACCAUGCUGGAGGCUUUGGGCACAGAGAAGAGCUCCCUGGUGUUUCAGCUGGAGCGGUUAGAGCAGCAGCUGAAGAACGCUCAGGGAGGACAGAGCGGAGGGCCGGCCAUCAACAUGASCAGCCUGGAGGGUCCAG